CUCCCCCUCCCCUUCUCUCCCCUCCUCCUUGGGCUGAGGACAGCCUGACUGCAUUGGAGAAAACAUGCGCGUUCCGAGCCCUGCCAUGCGCGUUCGGAACCCUGCCACGCGGAUUUCUCGGCUCGGCGCUGGACAUCCUUCCUCUGGGGCGCGGAGCGCGCCAUGGGCGGCGUCAGAGCCGCCGCCAGGGUUAUCCAGUGCCGGUCCAAGAGCUCCGCGCGGAGCUCCGAAAGUUCGUGUGUUGUGCCGUUUUCCUCCUUCCACCAAUCGGCGUCCGCGUCGUGCCGGCCAGCUCGCCGUGUGCCACGGCCAUCUGCUCGGCGCUGGGGCCCCGCUCGGCGCUGGCGCUGACGUCGGCGAACCUCUCGGGGAGCACCUCGCCCCUGCAGGUCGCCGACUUCGCCGACCUCGUCGAGGGCCUCGACCUCGUGCUGGACGGGGGCGAGAUCCCCGCGGGGUCGAGGGCGGGCUCGACGGUGGUGCUGCUGGGUCGGCCAGGCGAGUUCGCCAUCGCACGGGACGGCGUCGCCGGGGGCCGGGAGCGAGCCACCGCGGCGGCCGAGGCCGCGGGGCUCCGGCUCGCCGGGGCGGCGGGGCCGCCAGCGGCCGCGAACGCCCCGGCGCAGGGCGCCUCCCCAGGGGCCGGCCGGCCUCGUUCGAGGUCGCGAGACGGGGCGCCUGGUAAGCCCGAGUGAGGAGGGCGGCGGGUGUCCCUCCUGGCUUGACCUCUCCUGGUCCUCCUCCCUCGCCCCCUCCCCCUCCCUGCUCCUCCCCUCUCUCCCCCUCUCCUCGUUCUCCUGCCCUCCUCCUCCCCUCCUC